AGCAACAAUCUUCUGAAUGACUAAUUUUAUGAACCAUUUUUCCCAGACGGGGGAAAAAACAUCAUAACAAAAGGGAUACCAAUGAAGAACAAGUCAUCCCUUCACGUUUCAGUGCCUUCAGUGAAUUGGAUUAAAAACUUCAAGUUGCACUUCAAGUAAAUAAAAGGAAGAAAAAAGCAAGGAAGAAAAACAAUACCUGAAAUAAUAAAGGUAACCACUACAAACCUCAGACCAUCAGUAAGAGCACGUACCGUGUGUUGUCAGGGAACAGGUGGAGGAGCCAGGAAUCCUCCUAGCAUGGAGUAGAAGGCAGUCAACACACAAUCAACCUAUGGAACUCAUUGCCAGGGGAUGAUGUGAAGGUACUUUCAGCAGUCUUUCUUCUUGGGCAGGACGGCAACGGAGAAGAGUCCAUAAACCCUGACUGCUACAACCUAGGAUGGUUAACAAGGAAUGGAUCACUCUAUAGUAAUUAGGAUCCUGUCACUAGCCACUGUUGGAUAGGACAGGAUACUGGCAUAAAUGGACCAUUGGUCUGCCCCAGCAUGGCUGUUUUUAUUGGAACAAUAUUUUGAAGCCUUUUUACAGUGAGUUGAAAGCUCUUCUGUUUCCAGCAGAACACAUUUUAUUCCCUUGCUAUGCAAAAAGGUUUCUCUAAGGAUGGAUGGCCACCUCAGGGCCUGCCUGGUGCUGCACUGUGAAUCUGAAUGGAGAAUGCAUUACUUCAAGGACUCCAUACUCAAAUGAAUCACUAAUGAAAGAGCAUUGGAGUCCUGAAAAGAAGCAGAGACUGGAACAAGUUUAACACUCAACUUGAAGGUCAAUUUAAAGCAUGAUGAUUACACUCAGUCGUGGUUCCUGCAGAUGGUUGAAUCCAUCAGUCAGCAAAACACAUCCAUAACAAAGUUACAAGUUUUUGCAGGGAUUCUACUGAAAAAAUGCUCUGUCACCAGGCCCUGUACAGGUUUGCUAUCUUUCUUACAAUGGAAAGGCUGGUUAUCUAUCUAUUGGUUAUUAGCACUGCUGUGAAGGCUAUGAUGUGUCCAAAACGGUGUAUGUGUCAAAACCUAUCUCCAUCCUUCACCAUCCUCUGUACGAAGACUGGGCUUCUCUUUGUGCCCCCCAGCAUUGACAGGAGAACAGCAGAACUAAGAUUAAUGGAUAACUUCAUCACCACACUUAGAAGAAAGGAUUUUGCAAACAUGACAAACCUUAUUCACUUGACACUAUCAAGAAAUACAAUAAGUCAAAUCAUGCCUUAUGCAUUUUUUGAUCUUAAAGGCCUUCAUGCAUUACAUUUGGAUAGUAACAGACUGACUUGUAUCAAUGAGGAUCAUUUCAAAGGUUUAAUUAAUCUUCGCCACUUAAUACUCAGUAACAAUCAAUUGAACUAUAUUUCUCCUGGAUCUUUAGAUGACUUUAUUGAAACACUUGAGGACCUGGAUCUAUCAUAUAAUAAUCUUGUUAAUAUUCCUUGGGAUACAAUUGGAAAGCUUUCUAAUGUCAAUACAAUCAGUUUGGAUCACAACCUCAUUGAGUUUGUUCCAGAAGGAAUCUUCUCAAACCUUCACAAACUUGCUCGAUUGGACAUGACAUCCAACAAAUUGAAAAAAAUUCCCCCUGAUCCCCUGUUCUCCAGAAUCCCUGUGUAUGCUAAAUCUAAAGGGUCUCCAUUGUCCUCUCUGGUGCUUAGCUUUGGAGGGAAUCCUCUACACUGCAACUGUGAAUUAGUGUGGCUGAGACGCCUUACCAGAGAAGAUGAUCUAGAAACAUGUGCCUCACCACCGGAAUUGAUGGGCAAGUACUUUUGGUCCAUUAAAGAGCAAGAGUUUGUCUGUGAACCUCCAAUGAUAACACAUCGAACGCCAAAACUGGUGGUUAUGGAGGGCCAGAGUGUCUCUUUGAAGUGCAAAGCAGUCGGCGACCCGGAUCCCUAUGUUCGCUGGAUCUCCCCUGAGGGGAAGUUGGUCUCCAAUACAUCUAGGACAAUUUCCUAUGAGAAUGGAACUUUGGAUAUUUUGACUACUUCUUUGACAGAAAAAGGUACAUUUACCUGUAUAGCAUCAAAUGCUGCAGGAGAGUCUACAGCUUCUGUUGAACUUGUUGUUAAUCCUUAUCCUCAUCUUGCUAACAGUACCAACUGUGAUAAAGAUGCUGAGUCUGGGCCUUCAGACAUUCUUAUAUCUGCUAAGUCAAGUUUCCCUAAUGAAACUAAAGCUCAGCAAGAGAAGAAGGUUGUGGUUGCUGAGCUGACCUCAUCCUCUGCUCUCAUACAGUGGCCUUCCCAGCAUCAUAUCCCUGGAAUACGAAUGUACCAGAUUCAGUAUAACAGCUCUUCUGAUGAUAUACUAGUUUACAGGAUGAUCCCGGCCAUUAGCAAAUCCUUCUUCCUGGCUGAUCUGGUUGCAGGACGUGAGUAUGACCUUUGUGUUCUCGCUGUUUAUGAUGAUGGAUUGACAUCUCUAACUGCAACCAGGGUGAUUGGGUGUGUGCAGUUCACCACACAGGAAGAAUAUAAGCAGUGCCGCUCUCUUCAUGCCCAGUUUCUUGGAGGAACCAUGAUCAUCAUUAUUGGUGGAAUAAUUGUGGCUUCCGUUCUUGUUUUCAUCUUCAUUCUUCUCAUGAAGUAUAAAGUCUACAACAAUCACCACAAAAAUAAAAAUACUAAAGUUAAUAAUGUCUGCUCUCAGACCAAUGGUAGUCAGAGUGGGUCAAUGGCUCAUUCUGCUUCCAAACUCACAGAGAGACAGGAAAGUUUGCAUCAGGAAUGCUCAGGAACUUCCAUCAAAGGCAAAACUAUUGUAGAUUUGGAUUGUGAACGAAUGACUCUUACUGACACAACCUUUUUAACAACUGAAGCGUUAUCUCAAUAGCAAUGUGACAAAGCAGGACACACCACACGAGCCAAGAUGGUAUUGCUUAAAACAUUUUAAUGCGAGUGGUUGUAUUUUAAGCUUCACUACUAUUGUCUAUUUUUAAGAUCAGAUGGUUUAAAAAUAUUUUUUUAAUCUGUAAAACAGUUCCUGCAUUCUUAACUAUUUUUGUUUCAAUAUAUUAAAUAUAAAGUGUGUGAUUUACAAGAUUUUUUUUACUGUUUCUUUUAUAGCAUUCACCUGUGGUAUUGAAUCAGAAGCAUAACUAUAUUCUGACUUGGUUUGUCUUUAGUAAAAAUGCACUAUUCAUUCAUUCAGUUACCAACUGGCAGCAAGACCAACUCUCAGGAACCUCAAACUUCUCUGAUAGUAGAGUCAUUUACCAGUUCAACUACCAAGCUGUUAAUGAGCAAUGAAAUGUUAUAAAAAGUUCUCAGCUUGUUAAUCCUGAGAUGUUCAUCAGUCUAUGUGCAUUGUAUACACAUGUCAUCCACAAAAGAAAAAACUAAAGGUUCCUCCGUGGACAAAAUACUACUCCAAAUAAGGAAAAGAAAACUGAAGGAUUUUGACAUCAUCUCGCACUAUUCACUGGUACAGAAUUGCUGGCAUAUAUUGUUUGCUUUGUAAAGGCUGAUAUUAUUCAAGACUGUGCCUUGAAGACCCUUCUCUUUCUUUUCAGUUAGGUUUACCUCACCUUAGACAGGGAGGAGCUCCCACUUUUAUCCUUCCUAAUUUAAGUCUUCAGAAAGCUACUUAAAUUAGAAAUGGUGUGUUGUGCACAUCUUUGCCAUACUGGAAACUGUGUACUAAUCUCCCACUCUCAAAUUGUGUCAAGUGUCAACCAAGCUAAUCUCUCUCUUUCUGGUAUAUUUUUAGAGGGAGGACCCACAAGUUAAAGCUCUCCUCUCCCAACAUGCAUUGCACUGUCUCACUGUGUGGCACUGCAUCUUCAGAUAACAUUGAUAACCAAUCUCUUAUUUCUGUAGUACUGCAUGAAGCGUAAUGUAAUUGGCCAAAGGAUUAACUAUGUAAAUGUUUAUGUGCAAUUCAUUUUAACAAUUCAUAUUUAAUAAUUAAAUCUUCUUUUUGUUUAAAGGGGUACUGUCAGGUCAAAAUGAGUCCCAAAAUUAGGUUUUUGUAAUGACUUUCUACAAAACCUAAGAGCAAUCCAUGAGUUUAAAUAAA